UGACAUUUGUGCGAAGGCGAAGAUUCAAUGAGUGUCAAAUAGUAUUACUUGAACUGAAAUAUUGCUAGAUAAUUUUGUCGUUACGUGUACUACGAAAGAUAUAGCAAAUUCAGCGACUCAGGGAUUGCAGACAACAGAGUUCUUCUUGUUAACGUUAACACGCAGUGUCAGUUUGCGGCGUUAUGUUUUAGCGGCGUUUCACCACUUGAGGCGAUUCUGCGUCAACCAGGGGUCAAUACCACGGUCAACAUGUAUUAAUAACGCCUGCGACAUUUUUUGAAGGUUGAUAGAUAAGGUUAUCUAUUUGAUUAUGUAAUAAGUUUGUGGCUCCUUCGUCAUACCCCACGUAGUGAUUGUUCCCUCAAAAUAAAGUCAAUGAUUACAUUACAUCCAAACUGUGCAAAAGUCAACUUUUCACCGUGCUCAGUCAUAACUCUUUCGACAGAUUGGCUCAUAGACAGGAAAAUUUCACUAACUUUACUCUUUAACAAUCACGGUGUAUAACUCCAGAAGAUUGCAUUAAAAGGCAGCCAUGGCUCCAACUGACUCUGUAAACACCGGAGACACAAUCUUGGAUGAUAAAAUCAAAGAAUGGCUUUCUUGGAACAAAGAUUCAGCUGCAGAAAAUGAAAUUCAAAAUUACAUCAAUGAAGGAGAUGUAAAAACAUUGUCCAAACUCUUUCUUAAGCGCUUGGAGUUUGGUACAGCUGGACUAAGAGGUCGAAUGGGUCCGGGCUACAGCCAAUUAAACGACUUGGUAAUAGUACAAACUGGACAAGGCUUCAUUAGUUAUUUGCUGAAGACCAUUUCUAAUGCUAAGCAGCGAGGGGUUGUUCUUGGAUACGAUGGCAGAUACAACAGUAAAAGAUUUGCCGAAUUAACUGCAGCAAUUUUGAUGAAUAAUGGUGUGAAAGUUUAUAUGUACUCCAAAGUGUGUCCUACACCUUUUGUCCCUUAUGGAGUAGUCAAAUAUAAAUGUGCUGCUGGAAUAAUGAUCACAGCAUCUCAUAAUCCAAAAGAAGACAAUGGUUACAAGGUUUACUGGGAUAAUGGAGCACAAAUCAUUACACCCCAUGAUAAGGGUAUCCAGAAGUCCAUCAUUGAAAAUUUAGAACCUUUAGAAUCAUCGUUUAAUACAUCAGCGAUUUACAAAAACUCACUGUUCAAAGAUCCACUUGAAGAAGUUAUGCAGUCUUAUUAUAAAAUUAUUAAGGAUACUACCUUGUAUCCUGAAACAAACAGAAAUACGAUUUUGAAAUUCACAUACACACCAAUGCAUGGAGUGGGAUAUAACUAUAUGGUCGAAGCUUUUAACUCCGCAAGCUUCAAGCCAUUUGUUGUGGUGGAGGAACAAAAGGAUCCUGAUCCUGAGUUCAGAACUGUGAAAUUCCCCAAUCCAGAAGAAGGCAAAAGCGCACUAGAUUUGAGCCUAAGAACCGCUAAUAAGAACGCUUCUAAUAUUAUAUUAGCCAAUGACCCAGAUGCUGAUAGACUAGCCUGUGCCGAAAGGAAUGAGAAAGGUGAAUGGCGUGUAUUCACUGGUAACGAAUUAGGUGCCUUGUUAGGGUGGUGGAUGCUGCAUUUACACCAAGUGCAAUACCCGGGUGCAGACUAUAGUAAUGUAUAUAUGCUAGCAUCUACAGUUUCAAGUAAAAUAUUGCGGUCGAUGGCUUUAAAAGAAGGUUUCAGCUUUGAAGAGACGCUAACCGGCUUCAAGUGGAUGGGCAAUAGAGCAACAGAGUUAUUAGCCCAAAAUAAAACAGUUAUAUUUGCUUACGAAGAAGCUAUUGGAUUUAUGUGUGGCUCGGCUGUAUUAGAUAAAGACGGCGUCAGUGCUGGAGCAAAGGUGGCUGAAUUGGCAGCAUACUUGGAAACAAUGGGAUUAACACUUAGUGGAAAGUUGGAUGAAAUUUAUUCUGAGUAUGGACAUCAUAUCAGUUUGUGUUCUUAUUUCUUCUGUUACGAACAGCAGAUUAUCAAGAGCAUUUUUGAAAGACUAAGAAAUUUUAAUGAGAGCCCAAACACGUACCCUAGUUGCAUCCUCGGUGGAAAAUAUUCUAUAAAAGGCAUUCGAGAUCUUACAACGGGAUAUGAUAAUACACAGCCCAACAACAAGGCAAUUCUGCCUGUUUCAAAGUCGAAUCAGAUGGUCACAUUUACUUUCGACAAUGGGCUGGUGGUUACCUUACGUACCAGCGGUACCGAGCCUAAAAUCAAAUACUACACGGAAUUGUGUGCUUCUCCAGCUCAGCAGGACAUAAACCAGCUGAGAAGUGUAUUGAAAGAAAUGGUUACAGCUAUUGUACAAGAGUUUCUUCAGCCGGAACUGAAUGCGCUUGUGUCACAGGAUUCUAAUUAAUUUUUGUCUAAGUGAUUAAUAAUAUGAAAUGAGGGAUUGAUUAAAUGUAUUUCUGAAUGUUGUCAAGAAUCUACUUUAGCUCUAGUCACAAAUUUAUUCCAUUCAACCCGUGGGCAUUUGACAAAUCACAGUUCAAUUGUUCAAAAUAUUUGAAUAUUCGCUAACUGAAAAUAUGUUAUUGACAAUUACUUCUUUAACAAUGCAUUGUACUUGAAUUGUUUUUUUCGUUCUUGAUUACAGUCGAAAAAUUUAUAAUAAUUAAAAAUUAACUUUAGAACGCAUUAAAAUGAGAUAAUUUAAUUGAGUUUAAUAGAACAACAACUUUUUAUGAUUUCUGAAUGAUGUUUCCAACUGAAGUUAUAUACAUACUCAGUAUGAAUCCUAUAAAUUUUUAAUAUACCUUAAUAUUCUACGUCAAUAAACGGUUUUAUUGAUCCAUA